GCUGGUGGUGGUGGUGGUGUUGCGGACGGGACGUGCCGUGUGCCACGGGCCUGAACUGUAACCUUGUGCACUUUUUUUACGUGACGUUAUUGCUUUAAUCGGACGGUUUACCCUCCAGGAAUCCGAGUCCAAGGACAAUCAGCUGAGUGAGCAGAGGCGAGGAGCUGGAUUCAAGUCCAGAAAGGAGCGUGGGAGACUGUCGGAGUCGGUUUGCAGGUUGCAUGGUAAUCUGGACUUGAUGCAUGGCAGUUGCAUGACCUCAGUAGGUCUUGUUGUGGGACUGAGAGCAAACAGCUGCAGCCAUGGCUCAAACCAUGCACGUGAAUGGCAGUGGCCCAGAAAGAGGACAAAGAUGCCCAAGCACAGAAGACGAGAAGGACUCUGUGGCCCCCUACUAUGUUGAAACUCCUUACGGUUAUCAGUUAGACCUGGACUUCCUCAAAUAUGUCGAUGACAUUGAGAGGGGCAACACCAUCAAGAAGCUGAGUAUCCAGAGGAAACCCAAAGUGGCCAAACCCUUGGCAGUGCCCCGGGGCAGCACCGGUGGGGGCAGCACUCAGGCUGAAUGGACCUCCACAGACUCCUUGUCCUCCUCCAACAGCGACGACAAGCAGUCCCCAGUCUUCUUCACCUCCAGGCCCCAGGUCUCUGCCCCGCUGACUCCCACCCUCUCCAGGGCAACCUGUGAAGUUGCCCUGCAACAAUCCUACUCAAACUUCGCAGAGCAGAAACAGCUCCUGCCCCCUCCUUCGCCCAGGUUUGCCCCUCGUCACAACCCCCAAGUGGAGAAGACACUCAUGGAGACACGUCGUCGGCUCGAACAGGAGCGUCUGCUCAUGCAGCCACACAGCGAGCCUCCAAUGCCCCGCCGCCGUCUUGCCAGCUUCGGAGGCAUGGGCUCCAGCAGCUCGCUAUCCUCUUACUCAGGCUCUAUAGCCCCAAGCCAGAUCUCUCCCAGCACCCACCAGCCUCUCCCCAUCAAUGGUCAUCUCCCCAAUGGAGAGUAUAACCUCUACUACCCGCCAUCCAUGGGCAGCUCCAUCCGCCACAGCCCAAUGAGCUCUGGCAUGGCCACGCCUGUGACUAACGUUAGCCCAUUACACCUUCAGCAAAUUCGGGAGCAGAUGGUGGUGGCCCUCAAGAGGCUGAAAGAGUUAGAGGAGCAGGUGAAAACCAUUCCUAUCUUACAGGUUAAGAUUGCUGUUCUUCAGGAAGAGAAAAGACAGUUGGCUGCUCAAUCCAAAAAUCAAGUUCCUGGAGGUUUUCGUAAGCGUUCCUACAGUGUAGGCUGUGUUGACCAAAUGGAGAACCCAGGCCCCAUUCAAAAGGAACCAGAGCUGCACAUCAUGGAGCCUGAAGCCCAGGAACAGAGCGCUCAGCAGCUGGAGGAGUUCAGACGUCUGGCUGCAGAGGUCCAAGCUCUGGAGAAGACGACCCAGGACAGCAAUAUAAAUGAAAUUCAGCCUCAAAGCCUUACGCGAAACCAAGCCCACCAAAAGUCCAUUGGCAUAGUUACUGAUGAAAAUAUGAACAACCUUCCUGUCAGUAAGAGGAACCUGACGAGUGAACACUGUUUCCGGGAUGCAGGUAUAGUGACGGAGCGGCAGGAAAUGCGCAGCACUGCGGUUGGCGUGACCGAGGCCAUGCUGGGCAUGACCAGUGAAGCUGAGAAGGAGAUUGAGCUCCAGCAGCAGACCAUCGACGCACUGAAGGAGAAGAUCUAUCGCCUGGAAGUACAGCUGAAAGAAACUACCCACCAAAUGGAGAUGGGAAAGCUAAAACUGGAGCUCCAAGCGGCUGGUGGGUCAAACAAGAAAAAAGCGGACAAAGGUUUGAUGGCCAGGCCGGAGAUGUACAACGCCUGUGUCGAGGCCAAAGUCCAGAUGCGCAGCCAUGGAGUGGGUGACCAUCUGGAGUUCAGCCACGUUAGCACAGCUAGAACUACACAAAGCCACACUGUAGGAGUGCACUGUCAACCCAGUGUUGCCAGUAUCGCCACAGGCCCAGAGAUCCCUAUGGACCGGUGGGUGGUGCAUGAGCGUGUGGAGAUGGCUAACCAGUCUGUAGGGAGGCAGGUGGAGACAUGCCACCAGCAGGUAGGCGUAGAGCUGAAUGUUUGUGAGGUGGGUGUUAACACAGAGGAAUCAGUGGACAACUUGGCUCUUUGCAAACCGAUGACAGAGUUGAGCAAAGAGUGGAGGUCAGUUGGCUGUGGAGACUGUUCAGUCGAUGUGAUUGUUAGUCCCAUCAAGACGCUUGUGUCGCAAGGAACUGACCCAGAUUUUGUGAUCAAGGUGGACUCUGGUGUCAUGGCUGCUCCUGAGACAGCAACUCAGCAGACAAAUACUGAGACGGAAGUUGCAAGCAAGUCCACCAACACAAAAACAGCUGUCCUAACAGACUCUUUCACGGACAUGGUGGUGAUCACUUGUGAUAAGCACACGAACACACCUGUGACUGAAACAAAGACAGUCGCUGCUGGAGAAGGACUUGUCAAAGAUGUUCACUCAACGGCAAAGAUACGUUCGAUUGCUGUUGGAACCACCACAGAUGUGGAGGCAUUCCUUGGCAAAUCAAGCUCAGCUAAAACCAAAGAAUGUGGGGUGGGACCAGUUAGCAUCCACGAGAACUUCUUGGUUGGCUUAAAAACCAGAAACAUAGCAUGUGGUCCCUCCCAGCCAGCUGAAUCUGUCACAGGCAGCAGCAAGGAGACUUUGGAGGUUAAAACGGAGCCUGCACCACUGCCAGCUCAGGCCCAGGGGGGCGCCGGACUGGACCAUUACAUUGAGAGGGUGCAGAAGCUGCUGCAGGAGCAACAGAUGCUGCUAGCGGAGAACUACAGCGAGCUGGCAGAAGCUUUUGGUCAGCCCCAGUCCCAGUUUGGAUCCAUCAACAGUCAGCUGGUCAGCACUCUCUCGUCCAUCAAUUCUGUCAUGAAGUACGGAAGUGUUGAGGACAUCCUCAAGCUGCAGUCAGACUCUGCAGGCUCAGACAAAGUGAUCAGUCAGCAGCUGUGCUCCCAGUCUCUCUCUGUUCGGACAGAGCGGUCGCAGAUGGAGAAGACUUCCUCAGGCCUGACGCCAGCAGACAAACCUGCCAACACACCUGCUCAGCAACAGCAGAUCAGUGCAGCCGAGCAAAAGAGCCUAAUGGACCUGCAGAUGUCUACAGCGCUGCACGGGCAGCCAUGCAGUCAGAACACCCUGAAAUCCAUAAUGAAGAAGAAAGAUGGCCGACCCGACUCCAACGGCACCAAGAAGAACCUGCAGUUUGUCGGGGUGAACGGAGGGUAUGAGACUACGUCAAGUGACGACUCCAGCUCAGAGGACAGCAGCUCCUCUGGGUCGGAUGAAGAGGACGAAGAGGAUGAGGAGAAGGAGUUCGGAGGAAAGGAGGAAGCUAAGAAUGUGGAGGGAAAGAACACCAGGGAGGAUUUCCAGCCUGAGGGAGCCGAGGAUGUGGUUAAGAAGGAUGAAGAGGAAAGUUCAGAGAAGCAGGAGACAAGAGAGAGGUAUGAGCUAAGUGAGAAGAUGCUGGCUGCGUGCAACGUUCUCAAAACUCACCUCAGUGACCCAAAGGCUGUGAGCAGUAAAGAUCUGAGAGCCUGUCUGAACACGGUGCAACACGAGUGGUUCCGUGUGUCCAGCCAGAAGGCGGCGGUGGCGGCCAUGGUGAACGACUAUCUGGAGGCCUUUGGGGCCAUCUCGCCGGCCGUGCUGCGCCACAUCGUCAAUAUGGCCGACGGCAACGGCAACACGGCGCUGCACUACAGCGUGUCGCACUCCAACUUUCAGGUGGUGAAGAAGCUGCUGGAUGCAGAUGUGUGUAACGUGAAUCAGCAGAACAAGGCGGGAUACACACCCAUCAUGCUGGCAGCGCUCGCAGCCGUGGAGACUCCCAAGGACAUGCGUAUCGUGGAAGAGCUCUUCAGCAAGGGUGACGUCAACGCCCGAGCCAGCCAGGCGGGUCAGACGGGGCUGAUGCUGGCAGUCAGUCACGGCAGGAUGGACAUGGUUCGGGCCCUGCUGGCUCACGGGGCCGACGUCAACAUCCAGGACGACGAGGGCUCCACGGCGCUGAUGUGUGCCAGCGAACACGGCCACGUGGAGAUCGUCAAACUGCUGCUGGCUCAGCCCGGCUGCGACGCCACGCUGAGCGACAGCGAUGAGAGUAAUGCCCUGUCCAUAGCUCUGGAAGCAGGACACAAGGACAUUGCAGUGUUGCUUUAUGCACAUGUCAACUUCUCCAAAGCUCAGUCACCAGGAACCCCUCGACUCGGCAGAAAGACGUCACCCAGUCCCAGCCGGAGAGGCAUGUUUGAUUAGAGGCCCCGCCUCUGCCCAGAAACUCUGCGCUGCUACUGGUCCACGCUGAACGAUGCCUUACCCACAGCUGGAUGAGGGGACUUAAUCCCAAGCACCAACCAACCAACUAACUAACCAACCAACCAACCAACCAACCAAUGAGAUCUCUGGAAGUAUUUUUUAUUUAUAUGCACACUUCUCGCCUCCAUGACGAGCCCAAAGUGCCCUUUGAAUAUGAAUGUAACCAACUGGUGCCUCAAGUCCCAUCAGAUUCAGGCGGAAAUGUCUCAAAUAAUCAGCAAACCACUGGAGUUCAGACCAACACGGACACACAUCCAACUACUAAAUGCAAUUACUUCCUCCUUUUCUUUUAUUUUGUUUUUAGAUUUUUCUCCUUUUUUUGCAAUUUGACCAUUUUUUUUAAUUUCUAAAGCUCAAUGUUGAUCAUUCAAGAGCACCAAACAACUUCAUUUGUGAUUAAUUUUUCUUUUUUUUUUGAGCGCAUCAGAGUAGGUAGAUGGAGAAUAAUUCACCCACGUGUUAGAGGAAAAAUUCCCUGUAUAUAUUGCUCGCCUCGACAUCCCUGUCUCAAAUAUGCGCUCCCAGCUCAGAUGAAUGCAUCAAUAAGUAGAUGUGACCUAGACUGGAGAAACUGUACUUUUAUACAAAUCCUUUGUAUCUAUUUAAAAAGAAGAAUCACAGUAUUUUGAAUAUUUCCUAUUACUACUUAACGAUCCAUGAAGUUAUAUAUUUAUCAAAGUAUAGUUUUUAAUGCAGAUAUGUGUAUUUCAUUGUACAUACAGUGGUCAUUAGAGUUUAGUCAUUCUCCUUUUUGUCUUCAUGUCCAGGUUCUUCCUCUCUGUCUCCCAUGUGUAAUAUAAACUGUCUGUCCUCCUCUAGUAUUCAUCAAGGUACUGACUUUCAUCUUCAAAUGAGAAUUGAAGUGCCUGAGACUUUGCCAUAUAACAAUAAACGUCGAUUAA